UUGCGGAUUUAAAUCUUAUCUCAUUCUAAAAAUCUGCCUACAUACGCCAAUCUUUCCAAGUCAACGCGACCAUAUGGCACUCUAGAUAUUCUUAGGUAGUGCGCGACAAUGUUCUCAGCCCUGCUGCUGUUACUCUUGGGCUGGCUGGCGGUGACUAGGACAGCCCAAUUUAUAGCUCAGCAACCUGAGAUCGACUCAGAUUCAACUUGGGAUUUGGAUCUCGCCCCAAGUCCAAAUGAUACUGCCAAUCUUGUUUUCAACAGUGUGCAUUCUUUAUCAAUGGGAUGGCCGAACAGACGGUAUAGGAAUGGGCAUACCGUUGUGCCAGGAAUCAUACCUGCAGGUACUUCCCUAUAUCAUGGUCGAGGCGACCCAAUGGUUCCAGCGACCCCGGAAUGGACAGCUUUUGACUUUGAACUGUCGACACUCUACUGCGGACUGUUCACCACGGACGACACAGGAUGUUGGCAUUUGACUCUUGUCGUUGAACGUCCUCUCAAUAUAGUGUAUUUCGACGGAUACAGCGGGCUCAAACUUCCUGGCAGCGGGACUCUUGAUAGUCAGGACGUUCUCGCGUGGGGUCGAGUGAUGCCUGAUAGAUAUAGCGACGAACCACGACGGAUUAAGGAUCUAUGCAAGUGGGGUAACAACUUUGGAAUAGAUGGGUUUGUGAGACUUCAUACGUCGUUUGAGGUCAUGAUAUGCGACUUCUCCGCUGGUCUCAAAGUCAGUUCCAUGCUUCACAUCAACGUACCUUACCAUCCUACUACUUCGCCAAAUUAUUCGUCUUACUCAACCCGAUACCCAAAUAUACGGGCUCCAGACAUGGAGCUCGGGGUUCCGCUAGAUACGUUUGGGAUGGGGGAAUUGGUAGCGUCAAAGCGGAUAGAUGAAUAUCCUGGCGAAACUCGAGUUCAGCUCCACCUUCACCGUUUGGUUUCAUUUUACGAUCCUUCCCUCGCACCUAGCCUCGUUCGUCAGCGCUUCGGGCAAAAUAGACUUCAACAUCGAAUUUUAGGAAUUAUCCCCUCGGAGGUUGAGAACGUCAAGUCUCGAGUUGAAAAGGAGCUUGCUCCGGAAAAAUGGAUGAAAUUAGAACAGAAGUUUGAUUGGUCGUCGCUAUUUCACAACCUCGUUCAGCGCUACGCAUCGCGUUUGGAGUUGAUACGAUUCGACUUAAAUUCUACAGAUGGCUCCUUAGAAAGCCUCUCAUCUACAAUACGGGCAACGUUUUUGCAAUUACGAGGGAUUCUACAACCGUACGACCUUUUAACAGCUCGUGCAAAUAUCGAGGAUUUUUCAGAUGACAUAUCCUGGGCCACCGCUGUUUAUAAAGCUUGUGCAACUGCAUAUCCAGCAUCCGCAUCUACUUUUACCACAACCUUCACGCCUUCGGAAAAACUCAUGCUCUCAGCGCUCAGAGCCACAAAUCGCGAGAUUUGUAGGACUAUUACGAAGAUGUGGGCUGAUGGUGUGAACCAUCGAGUGGAGACCUCUUUUGAAAUCAGUGGGGUAAAUAGACCUCUGAAAGCAAUUUACGACCGGUGGAAACAGGAUGUAAACGCGUUGAUGCUAUGGCUGGACUGGAGUAUCUGGCUCAAAUGCAACCCAGCUUGCAACACCGAUGAAAUGUGCUAUCUCCCUAUGUCACCCUAUCUUGUACCAGGCGCAGAUCCAACGGAUGAUUGGAUAAGUCAAGCCCGAGACCCCCAGCCUACCUGUAUUCCGAGACAUUCUAGAUGAAUUGUCCUUUGCAUCAUUAUGUGUACUUUACUAGCGGACCUUUACACACUGUCUGUUUUUCGUAUUUGGGUUCGAACAUGAGUACAUUAGGAAAGUCAAAGCUGUCUAUACUGACAACGUGACCAGUCUUUCGUUG